AUGAAGACCUCAAGAUGGUGGCAGCAAUGUUCAGUCAUCAGCUUCCUGUUAGGGGUGUGGCUUCCUGCCUGGAUCCUGGCCCAGACCACGCCCCCUCCCCAGGGCAUCACCUCCCCCAAACCCCAAAAGGUCCGGCUGCAGUUUCGUCUGGUGGGGUACCCCCGGAAGCACAAUGAGGGGCGCAUCGAGGUCUUCUACAAGGGAGAGUGGGGGACCAUCUGUGAUGACGACUUCUCUCUGUCCAACGCCAACGUCCUCUGUCGCCAGCUAGGCUUCGUCUCCGCUACGGGGUGGACACAUAGCGCCAAGUACGGCAAGGGCCUAGGUGAGAGACCUACUGUCUUAAAACAACAUUCAAAAAGGACUAGGUGAGAGACCUACUGUCUUAAAACAACAUUCAAAAAGGACUAGGUGAGAGAUCUACUGCCUUAAAACAACAUUCAAAAAGGACUAGGUGAGAGAUCUACUGCCUUAAAACAACAUUCAUAAAGGACUAGGUGAGAGACCUACUGUCUUAAAACAACAUUAAAAAAGGACUAGGUGAGAGAUCUACUGUCUUAAAACAACAUUAAAAAAGGACUAGGUGAGAGAUCUACUGUCUUAAAACAACAUUCAUAAAGGACUAGGUGAGAGACCUACUGUCUUAAAACAACAUGCAUAAAGGACUAGGUGAGAGACCUACUGUCUUAAAACAACAUUCAUAAAGGACUAGGUGAGAGACCUACUGUCUUAAAACAACAUUCAUAAAGGACUAGGUGAGAGACCUACUGUCUUAAAACAACAUGCAUAAAGGACUAGGUGAGAGACCUACUGUCUUAAAACAACAUUCAUAAAGGACUAGGUGAGAGACCUACUGUCUUAAAACAACAUUAAAAAAGGACUAGGUGAGAGACCUACUGUCUUAAAACAACAUUCAAAAAGGACUAGGUGAGAGAUCUACUGUCUUAAAACAACAUGCAUAAAGGCCUAGGUGAGAGACCUACUGUCUUAAAACAACAUUCAUAAAGGACUAGGUGAGAGACCUACUGUCUUAAAACAACAUUCAUAAAGGACUAGGUGAGAGACCUACUGUCUUAAAACAACAUUCAAAAAGGACUAGGUGAGAGAUCUACUGUCUUAUAACAACAUUCAUAAAGGACUAGGUGAGAGACCUACUGUCUUAAAACAACAUUCAUAAAGGACUAGGUGAGAGACCUACUGUCUUAAAACAACAUUAAAAAAGGACUAGGUGAGAGACCUACUGUCUUAAAACAACAUUCAUAAAGGACUAGGUGAGAGAUCUACUGUCUUAAAACAACAUUCAUAAAGGCCUAGGUGAGAGAUCUACUGUCUUAAAACAACAUUCAUAAAGGACUAGGUGAGAGACCUACUGUCUUAAAACAACAUUCAUAAAGGACUAGGUGAGAGAUCUACUGUCUUAUAACAACAUUCAUAAAGGACUAGGUGAGAGACCUACUGUCUUAAAACAACAUUCAUAAAGGACUAGGUGAGAGAUCUACUGUCUUAAAACAACAUGCAUAAAGGCCUAGGUGAGAGAUCUACUGUCUUAAAACAACAUUCAUAAAGGACUAGGUGAGAGACCUACUGUCUUAAAACAACAUUCAUAAAGGACUAGGUGAGAGAUCUACUGUCUUAUAACAACAUUCAUAAAGGACUAGGUGAGAGACCUACUGUCUUAAAACAACAUUAAAAAAGGACUAGGUGAGAGACCUACUGUCUUAAAACAACAUUCAAAAAGGACUAGGUGAGAGAUCUACUGUCUUAAAACAACAUUCAUAAAGGACUAGGUGAGAGACCUACUGUCUUAAAACAACAUUCAUAAAGGACUAGGUGAGAGACCUACUGUCUUAAAACAACAUUCAUAAAGGACUAGGUGAGAGACCUACUGUCUUAAAACAACAUUCAAAAAGGACUAGGUGAGAGAUCUACUGUCUUAUAACAACAUUCAUAAAGGACUAGGUGAGAGACCUACUGUCUUAAAACAACAUUCAUAAAGGACUAGGUGAGAGACCUACUGUCUUAAAACAACAUUAAAAAAGGACUAGGUGAGAGACCUACUGUCUUAAAACAACAUUCAUAAAGGACUAGGUGAGAGACCUACUGUCUUAAAACAACAUUAAAAAAGGACUAGGUGAGAGACCUACUGUCUUAAAACAACAUUAAAAAAGGACUAGGUGAGAGAUCUACUGUCUUAAAACAGCAUUCAUAAAGGACUAGGUGAGAGACCUACUGUCUUAAAACAACAUUAAAAAAGGACUAGGUGAGAGAUCUACUGUCUUAUAACAACAUUCAUAAAGGCCUAGGUGAGAGACCUACUGUCUUAAAACAACAUUAAAAAAGGACUAGGUGAGAGACCUACUGUCUUAAAACAACAUUAAAAAAGGACUAGGUGAGAGAUCUACUGUCUUAAAACAGCAUUCAUAAAGGACUAGGUGAGAGACCUACUGUCUUAAAACAACAUUAAAAAAGGACUAGGUGAGAGACCUACUGUCUUAAAACAACAUUAAAAAAGGACUAGGUGAGAGAUCUACUGUCUUAUAACAACAUUAAAAAAGGCCUAGGUGAGAGAUCUACUGUCUUAAAACAACAUUCAUAAAGGACUAGGUGAGAGACCUACUGUCUUAAAACAACAUUAAAAAAGGACUAGGUGAGAGAUCUACUGUCUUAUAACAACAUUCAUAAAGGCCUAGGUGAGAGACCUACUGUCUUAAAACAACAUUAAAAAAGGACUAGGUGAGAGAUCUACUGUCUUAUAACAACAUUCAUAAAGGACUAGGUGAGAGACCUACUGUCUUAAAACAACAUUAAAAAAGGACUAGGUGAGAGACCUACUGUCUUAUAACAACAUUCAAAAAGGACUAGGUGAGAGAUCUACUGUCUUAAAACAACAUUAAAAAAGGACUAGGUGAGAGACCUACUGUCUUAAAACAACAUUAAAAAAGGACUAGGUGAGAGACCUACUGUCUUAAAACAACAUUAAAAAAGGACUAGGUGAGAGACCUACUGUCUUAAAACAACAUUAAAAAAGGACUAGGUGAGAGAUCUACUGUCUUAAAACAACAUUCAUAAAGGACUAGGUGAGAGACCUACUGUCUUAAAACAACAUUCAUAAAGGACUAGGUGAGAGACCUACUGUCUUAAAACAACAUUAAAAAAGGACUAGGUGAGAGACCUACUGUCUUAAAAGGGCCUAGGUCAGUAAUAUAACUGGUAUAAACUGUCAUAGAGCAGUUAAUAUACAUUUUUAACACCUUUCAUACAGUGAGUAUAAAGGAUGGACACAGAGCGCAAAGUACGGCAAGGGCCUGUCUUAACCUGUCAUAGAGCAUUUAUUACAUACAUAACACCAUUCAUAGAGAUAAGGGCCUAGGUGAUGAACUGUCAUAGAGCAUUUAUUACAUACAUAACACCGUUCAUAGAGAUAAGGGCCUAGGUGAUGAACUGUUAUAGAGCAUUUAUUACAUACAUAACACUGUUCAUAGAGAUAAGGGCCUAGGUGAUUAUCUGUCUUAACCUGUCAUAGAGAAUUUAUUACAUACAUAACACCGUUCAUAGAGAUAAGGGCCUAGGUGAUGAACUGUCAUAGAGCAUUUAUUACAUAUAUAACACCGUUCAUAGAGAUAAGGGCCUAGGUGAUGAACUGUCAUAGAGCAUUUAUUACAUACAUAACACCAUUCAUAGAGAUAAGGGCCUAGGUGAUGAACUGUCAUAGAGCAUUUAAUUUCAUAAAAUAAAAACCAUUCAUAGAAUAAGGGGCCCAGGGGAGAAUGUCAUAGAAACAUUUAUUUCAUACAAACACCGUUCAUAGAGAUUUAAGGGGCCCAGGUGUGAAAUUUUAGAGGGAUUUUUUUACAUACUAACCUGUUCAUAAGAUAAGGGGCCCAGGGAUUUUUCUUUCUUAAAAACCCGUCCUAGAGAAUUUUUACAUACCCCCAAACCAUUUAAGAGGAAAGGGCCUAGGUUAUGAACUGUCCUAAAAGCAUUUAUUCAAAAAUUAACCCCCGUUCAUAGAAUAAAGGGCCCAGGGGUGAACUGUCCCUAGGGAUUUAUUAAAAAAAAUAAAACCAUUCAUAGAGAUUUAAAGGGGCCCAAAGGGGAUGAACUGUCAUAGAGCAUUUAAAUUUCUACAUAACCCCCCUUCAUUUAAAAUAGGGCCUGGUGAUGAACUGGGCAUAGAGGAUUUAUUUCAUACAUAACACCAUUCAUAGAGAUAAGGGGCCCGGGGGUGAAAUUCUAAAACCCUUUAUGAGCAUUUUUUUACAUAUAUAACAAAUUCAUAAAAAUAAAAGGGGCCCAUGUUAUGAACUGUCUAGAACAUUUAUUACAUACAUAACACCCCUUUUUAUAAGAUAAGGGCCCCAGGUUUAUGAACCCGUCCCUAAAAGCAUUAUUACCCUAUAUAACACCAUUCAUAGGUAAGGGCCUAGGUUUAUGAACUUUUAUAAAGCUUUUUUUACAUACUUUCCCCCAUUCAUAGAGAUAAAAGGGGCCCAGGUAAAAGAACCCUCUUAACCUUCAUAGACAUUUUAUUACAUACUAACAAACCCUUCAUAAGUUGGGGCCCAGGUUUAUGAACUGUCAUAGAGCAUUUAUUACCCUAAAAUAACACCGUUUUAAAAAGAGAUAAGGGGCCCAGGUGAUGAAAUCUUAAAACCGGGCAUGAGCAUUAUUACAAUUAACACCAUUCAUAAAAACAUAAGGGGCCCAGGUGGGUGAACUGUCAUGGGGGCCUUUAUUACAUACAUAAAAAAACCCCUUCAAGGAAAAUAAGGGCCUAGGUUUAUGAACUGUCAUAAGGCCCUUUAUUUUAAAACAUAAACCAUUCCCUAGAGAUAAGGGGGCCAGGUGUGAACUGUUUUUAAAAACCCGUAUAAAAAGCCUUUUUUACAUAAAAAUUUAAAAACCAUUCAUAAGAUAAGGGCCUAGGGGAUGAACCCGUUAAGAGCUUUAUUACAUACAUAAAACCCCUUUAUAGAGAUAAAAAGGGGCCCAGUGAUUAAAAUGUCUAGAGCAAUUUUUUUACUUUUAUAAAAACCGUUCAUAAGAUAAGGGCCUAGGUUUAUGAAAAUGUCCCCUAGAGCUUUUUACCUACAUAACACCAUUCAUAGAGAAAGGGCCUAGGUGAGAAAUGGUUUCCAGGCAUUUAUUACAUAAAAAACACCAUUCUAGAAUAAGGGCCUAUUUAUUAACUGUCAUAGAGCAUUUAUUCAGAAUAAAAAACCCCUUCAUAGAGAUAAAAGGCCUAGGGAUUAACUUCAUAGAGCAUUUAAAUUCAAUACAUAACACCAUUCAUUAAAAUAAGGGCCUUGUGAUGAACAGCCCUUAAACCUGCAUAGAGCUUUUUCCAAAAAUAUAAAAAACCAAUUUAUAACCUAAGGGGUAUGUGAUUAAUGUAUAGACAUUUUUACAUACCUAAAACCGUUCCCAAAAAGAUAAAAGGGGCCCAGGGGUGAAAUUUUCCCUAGAGCAUUUUUACUAUAUAACACCUUCAUACAGAUAAGGGGCCCAGGUGAUUUAAAUGUUAUAGGCAUUUAAAUUUCAUACAUAACACCAUUUAUUAGAGAUAAGGGCCUAGGGGUGAACUGUCAUAGAGCAAAUUUUUUCCUACAUAACACCAUUCUAGAGAUAAGGGGCCCAGGGUGAAAAGAACUGUCAUAGACCAAAUUUUUUCCUACAUCCCAUUCAUAGAAUUUAAAGGGGCCCAGGUUGAACUGUCUAGACAUUUUUUACUACAUAAAAACCAUUUAUAAAAGAUAAGGGGCCCGGGGAUGAAAAUGCCCCAACCCCUUUUAUAAGCAUUUUUUUACAUUAUACAAACCCUUCUAAUAGACCCCAAAAGGGCCCAGGGGAUGAAAUGUCAAAAGAGCCUUUUUUUUAAAAUAUAAAAACAACCCUUUAAGAGAAAGGGCCUAGGGGAUUAAAUGUUAUAAAAGCAUUUAUUACAUAAUAACACUGUUCAAAGAGAUAAGGCCUAGGGGAUUAUCUAUCUUAAAAACCCGUCCCUAGAGCAUUUUUUACAUACAUAAAAAAACCUUCAUUAAAAAUUAAAGGGGCCCAGGUGAUUAACUUUUCCCUAGACAUUUUUUAAAAAUACAUAAACCCGUUCUUUAAAAAUUUAAAGGGGGUAGGGGAUGAACCCUUUUAAGGAAACCCUUUAUUUCAUACAUAAAAAAACCCAUUCAUAAGAUAAAGGGGCCCAGGUGAUUUCUUCUUUUAAAACCCGUCAUAGAGAAUUUAUUACAUACAUAAAACCCCCCUUUAUGGGGAUAAGGGCCUAGGUUUAUGAAAUGCCCAGAGCCUUUUAUUAAAAAUAAAAAAACACCGUUCAUAGAGAAAAAAGGGCCUAGGUUAUUAACAUCAUAGAGCAUUUAUUACCUUUCAUAACACCAUUCAUAGGGGAAAAAAAGGCCCAGGGGAUGAAAUGUCAUAGAGCAUUUAUUUCAAAAAAACCCCUUCAAAAGAGAAAAAGGGCCCCAGGGGGGAUGAACGGGCUUAACCUUCAAGAGCAUUUUAAAAUUUAUUAUAAACAAACCCUUCAUAAUCAAAGGGAAGGGGCCCAUGUGAUGAAAUGUCAUAGAGCAUUUUUUACUACAUAAAACCAUUCAUAGAAUUAAAGGGGCCCAGGUGAUGAAAAACAUAGAGCAUUUAAUUUCUAUAUAACACCAUUCAUAGAGAUAAGGGGGGAGGGGUUUUGAACUGGUUUUUAGGGGCAUUUUUUUUACCUCCCUAACACCUUCAAUUUGAGAUAAGGGCUAGGUGAUGAACAUUUUUAAAACCCGUCAUAAAACAUUUAUUAAAAAACUAAAACCCCCUUUAUGAGAUAAGGGGGGCCCAGGGGAUGAACCCCCUAAAAAGGGAUUUAUUCCAUUAAAAAAAACCCCUUUAAAAGAGAUAAUGGGCCCAGGGGAUGAAAAGUUUUUAAACCCGUUUAUGGGCAUUUUAUUCAUAUAUAAAAACCCAUUCUAACAUAAGGGCCCAGGGGAUGAACUGUCAUAGAGCUUUAUUACUACAUAAAAAACACCCUUUUGAGAUAAGGGCCUAGGGGAUGAAAAUGUCUUAAACCUGUCAUAGAGCUUUUUUACAUAUAUAAAAAAAACCAUUUAUAGAGGGUAAAAAGGGGCCCAGGUUUAUGAAAUGUUAUAAAAGCAUUUAAAUUUCAUACUAAAAAAACCCUUCAUAAGAUAAGGGGGCCCAGGUGAUGGAAACAGUUUUUUAAAAAAGUCAUAGAGCAUUUAUUACAAUACAUAACAAAUAAAAGGGGCCAAAAAAACAAACCAUUAAUGCAAAAGAUAAAGGGGCCCAGGGAUCCUGUCUAGAGAUUUUUUUACAAAAAUUUAAAACCCCCAUAAAACCCAAAAUCUUCUAAGGGUUUUAAUCAUAAAACAAAAGAUAAGGGGCCCAAUUUUGAAAAUGUCAUAAAAGCUUUUUUUUUUUAUACAUAACACCAUUCAAAGAUGGGGCCCGGUAUGAACUGUCCAUAGAGCAUUUUUUACUACAUAAAACCAUUUAUAGAGUAAGGGUAAGGGCCUUUUUGUUUAAACCCGUCAUAGAGGCAUUUAAUUACAUAAUAACACCUUCAAAAGAAAAGGGGCCCAGGGGAUGAACCCGUCAUAGAACAUUUAUUAAAUACCUAACCCCUUCAAGAGAUAAGGGCCCCAGGUGAUAACUGUCAAAAUAAGCAUUUUUACAUAUAUAAAAACCAUUUUAUAAGAUAAGGGCCUAGGGGAUUAACCGGUUAUAGAGCUUUAUUUCUACAACACCUUCUAGAGAUAAAGGGGCCCAGGGGAUGGAACCCGUCAUAGAGCAUUUAAAUUUCUUAAAAAUAACCCCAUUUUUAUAAAUAAAGGGGGGCCCAGGUUAUGAACUGUUUUAGAGCAUUUUUUUUACAUAAUUUAAAAACCUUCAAAAGAUUUUGGGCCUGGGAUGAACAGUCUUAAAAAUGUCAUGAAAACAAAAAGUUUUUUUUAAAAAUAAUAACACCAUUCAAGAAAAAGGGGGCCUGGGUGAAAAUGCAUAGGCAUUUAUUAAAAAAUAACACCGUUCAUAGAGAUAAAAAGGGCCCGGUUUUAUGAACGCAUAAAACUUUAAAAAACAAAACCUUCAUAGAAAGGGGAUCUUUUAAUUUACAAAUUUUUUACAAUUCAAAUUCAAAGAAUAAGGGGCCUAGGUGAGAAAAUUUUUAAAAACCUUUAAUUUCAUACCAAAACAACCAAUUCAUAGAGAUAAGGGCCCCCGGUGAUGAACGGCUUAAAUUUUGAGCAUUUUUACAAUCCAAUAAACCCCCUAUAACCCAAAAAACAAAUUUCAUAAUAACCCCUUAAGGAAGGGGCCCAGGGAAAAGAACCCUUUUUUAGAGCAUUUAUUUUUCAUAAUAAACACCCUUUUAUAAGAAAAGGUAAGGGGAAAAAGAUUUUCAAAAAAACAAAAGGGAAAGGGGCCUUUGGUUGAAUUUUUCCCGUUAAAAGACAUUUUUUACUAAUAAACCAUUCAUAAAUAAGGGCCUAGGUGAUGAACGGGCUUUUAAGCCAAUUUUUUACAUACAAACCCCCAUUCAAAAAAGAGAUAAGGGCCUAGGUUUAUUAACUGUCCUUUAACCUUUUUCCCUGCCCUUUUUUAAAAAAAACACCAUUAUAGAGAUAAGGGCCUAAAGGGGAUGAACUGUUAUAGAGCAUUUAUUUACAAAAACAAAACACCCUUCAUAGAGAUAAGGGGCCAGGUUUAAAUUUUAAACCCGUCAUAGACAUUUAUUAAUACAUCCACCAUUCAUAAGAUAAAAAAGGGCCCAUGUGAAUGAACCCGUAAAAGAGCAUUUAUUAAUUUAACACCUUCAUAGAAAGAUAAGGCCUGGUAUGAACUGUAUAGAGCUUUAUUACUACAUCCCCCUUCAUGAAUAGGGCCCUAGGGGAGAACUGUUCUUUUAAAACCUUUAAACCUUUUUUGGCAUAGAGCAUUUAUUUUCAUAAAUAAACCCCAUUCAAUAGAAAGGGCCUAGGUGAUGGAAAUGUUAUAGAGCAUUUAAAUUUCAUACAAAAACAAAAACCCUUCAUAAAAAAGAUAAGGGCCUAGGUUAUUUAACGCUUAACCCUUUUAGAGCAUUUAUUACAUAAUAACACCAUUCAUAGGAAAAGGGCCUAGUGAAAGAACUUUCCCCGGGGCAUUUAUUAAUAAUAAAAACCGUUCAAAAGAGAUAAAGGGCCUAGGGGAAAGAACCCCGUCAUAAAAGCUUUUUUACAUAAUAAAACCAUUUAAAGAUAAGGCCUAGGGGAUGAACUGUUAAGAGCAUUUUUUUAAAAUACAUAAAACCCAAUUCAAAAGAGAUAAGGGGGCCUUUUUGGUUUUAACCCGUCAUAGAGCAUUUAUUAAAAAUAAAACAAAAAAACCAAAACCCUAAACAAUUUCAAAAACCCUUCAUAAGAUAAAAGGGGCCCAGGGUUUUGGGGGGGAAAAAUUCUUUAAAGCAUUUAUUUAUUUCAAAAAAACCCAUUCAUAGAAUAAGGGCCUUUUUGUUUUUCCCGUCAAGGGGCAUUUAUUACAUAAUUUAAAACCUUCAUAAAUAAGGGCCAGGGGAUGAAAAUGUCCCUUUGAGCAUUUAUUCCCUCCCAACCCCCUUUAUAGAGUAAGGGCCUAGGUGGAAUGAAAAUGUCCUAAAAGGGAUUUUUUACAUUUUAAACACCAUUCAUAAAUAAAGGGGCCCAGGUUUAUGAACUGUUAUAGAGGGAUUUAUUAAAAACAAACACCUUCAUAAAUAAGGGCCUAGGGGAUUUAACAGUCUUAACCUUCAAAGCAUUUAUUUUCAUACAAAAAACCCAUUCAUAAGAUAAGGGGGCCCAGGUGAUGAACUGUCCCUAGACAUUUAUUCAUCCCAAAACCUUCAUUUGAGAUAAGGGGGUAGGUGAUGAAACUUUCAUAAGCAUUUUUACAUAAUUUAAAAACCAUUCCAAAAGAAUAAGGGCCUGGGAUUUUUAAAUUCAAACACUUUUUUACCUACCUAACACCUUCCUAGAGAUAGGGGCCCGGUGAUAAAAUGGCAAUUUUUGAGCAUUUAUUAAUAAUUACACCAUUCAAGAAUAAAAAGGGCCCAGGUUAUGAACUGGUCCCUAGAAACAUUUAUUACAUAUAAAAACCUUCCAGAGAAUAAGGGCCUAGGUGAAAAACUGUUUAAGCUUUAUUUCCUACAUAACCCCCAUUCUAAGUAAGGGGGCCCCCGGGGAUGACGUCUUAACCUUUUCCUAAGCAUUUUUUUACUAAAACACCAUUUCAUAGAGAUAAAGGGGCCAGGGAUGAACUGUAUAGAGCAUUUUUUUACAUACUUAAAAACCCCCUUUAUAGAGAUAAGGGCCCCAGGGGAUGAACUCAAUUUUGAGCAUUUAUUUCAUAAUAAAAACCAUUCCUAGGAUAAGGGCCUUGUGAUUAACUUUUUGAGCUUUAUUACAUCCCUAACAACCCUUCAUAAGGGUAAGGGGGCCUUUGGUGAUGAACCUUUUAACCCGUUAGACAUUUUUACAUAAAAUAACCCCUUCCUUUGAAUAAAAAGGGGCCCAGGGGAUGAACUGUCUUAAAGCAAAAUUUUUUACAUACAUAACACCUUCAUAAAGUAAGGGCCUAGGUUUUGGGAAAUGUUAGAGCCAAUUUUAAAUUAAAAUACCUAACACCCUUCAUAGAGAUAAGGGGCCCCAGGUGAUGAACUGUCCCUUUAAACCCUUUAUAAGCUUUAUUACAUAUAAAAACACCAUUUUAUAGAAAAAGGGGGUAGGGUUUAUGAACCCGUUAUAAGCAUUUAUUACAUUUCCUAACACCUUUUAUAGAGAUAAGGGGGCCCAGGUAAAUUUUAAAUUCAUAGACAUUUAAUUUUUCAUAAUAAACCAUUCAUGAGAUAAGGGCCUAGGGUGAAUUUUUCCCGUUAGAAGGGAAUUUAUUACUAAUAACAAUUUAUAGAGUAAGGCCUAGGUUUUAAAUUUUUCCCGUUAUAGAGCAUUUUUUUACAUAAAACCCCCGUUCUAAGAUAAGGGCCUAGGUGAAAAACUGUUUUUAAAAAAGCUUUUUUUAAAAUAAUAACCCCCAUUCAUAAAAUAAGGGGGCCCAGGUGAGGAAAUGUUAAGAGCUUUAUUACAUUCCCUAAACCAUUUAUAAGGGUAAAAGGGGCCAGGUUUGAACGUCUUAACCUUCAAGAGCAUUUAAAUUCAUAUAUAACAAACCCUUCCCCAAACUAAGGGCCUAGGGGAUGAACUUUUUAUAGAGCAUUUAUUACAUACAUAAAAACCUUCAUAGAGAUAAGGGGCCCAGGGAAAUUUUUCCCUUUUAUAAGCUUUAUUACUAUUAACACCAUUCAAAAAGAAUAGGCCUAGGGUGGAAUUAACCCGUCAUAGAGCCUUUUUUACAUAAUAACAAACCCAAGAGAUAAGGGGCCCAGGUUAGAAUUUUUUAAAACAUUUAUUACAACAUAACACCCUUCAUAGAGUAAGGGCCUAGGGAUGAACUGUUUUUAUAGAGCCCUUUAUUAAAAUAUAUAAAACCAUUCAAGAGAUAAAGGGGCCCAGGGGGAUGAACUUUUAUAAGCAUUUUUUAAUCAUAAAACCAUUCAAGAGAUAAGGGGCCCAGGUGAUGAAAAAGUCCCCAAAAAAGUCCAAAGAGCAAUUUUUUACAUAAUAACACCAUUCAUAGAGUAAGGGGGCCCAUUUAUGAAAAGGGAUAGAGCAUUUAUUUAAAAUACAAUAACACAAUUAUAGGAAAUAAAGGGGCCUAAAAAUUAAAAAUUCUUAAAAAACCCAAAGGGGGGGUUUUUAUUAAUUUAAAAAACCAAUUAAUAGGGAAAAAGGGGGAGGAAAAAGGGGAAAAAAUUUUCAAAAAACCAAAAAAAAUAAUACCACCUUCCUAGAGAUAAGGGGCCCAGGUUUAUGACUUUUAUAGAACAUUUAUUUCAUACAUAAAACCAUUCAUAAGAUAAAGGCCCCAGGGAUUACUGGCCAAUUAAAAGGGAUUUUUACAUAAUAACACCCCUUCAUGAGAUAAAGGGCCUAGGUGAAUGGAAAAAUUUAUAAGCAUUUAUUACAUAAUAACCCUUCAAAAAGAAUUUAAAGGGGCCCAGGUAAAAUUUAACCGGGCAUAGAGCAUUUUUUACAUACAUAAAACCUUCCCUAGGAUAAGGGGCCCAGGUGAUGAACUGUCCCUAGAGCAUUUUUUUCAUACAUAACACCAUUCAUAGAGAAAGGCCUAGGUGAUGAAAGGUCAUAGAGCAUUUAUCAUAUAACCCCAUUCAUAGAGAAAGGGCCUAAGGGAAACUGUUAUAGAGCAUUUUUUACAACUAACACCAUUCAUAGAGAUAAGGGCCUGGUGAUGAAAAAAGUCCCUUAAACCCGUAAAAAGCCUUUUUUUCCUAUAUAAAACCAUUCAUAAAUAAAGGGCCCCAGGUGAUGAACGUUAUAGAGCAUUUUUUUUCAUACAUACACCUUCAUUUGAGAUAAGGGGGCCAGGUGUGAACUUCAAAAGAGCAAAUUUUUUUUACAUAAUAAAAACCCCUUAAAGAAAAAGGGCCUAGGGGAAAGAACUUUCUUAACCUUCUAGAGCCCUUAAAAAUUAAAUAAAUAUCCAACCCAAUUUCCCAUUAAGAAUUUAAAGGGGCCCAGGUGUUAAAAUGUUAUAGAGCAUUUUUUACUACAACACCAUUCAUAGAGAUAAGGGCCUAGGGGUGAACUUUUUUUAACCUUCAUAGAGCAUUUAUUAAUAAUUUAAAACCAUUCAUAACUAAGGGGCCCAGGUGAUUUAAAAUGUUAUAGACUUUAUUAAAAAUACAUAAAUCAUUCAUAGAGAUAAGGGGGCCCAGGUGAUGAAACUUUUUCCCAAAAAGCUUUUUUAUAAUAAAAAAACCUUCAUGAGAUAAGGGCCUAGGGGAUGAACUGUCUUUAACCGGGCCCUAGAGCUUUUAAAUUUCAAAAUAACACCAUUCAUAGAGAUAAGGGCCUAGGUUAUGAACUGUUAUGACAAUUUUUUUACAUACUAACCCUUCCAAAAAUAAGGGCCGGGGUGAACGCAUAGACAUUUAUUUCAUAAUAACCCAUUCAUAGAAUAAAAACCUAGGUGAUGAACCCUUUUAUAGAGCGUUUUACAUAAUAACACCCUUCAAAAGAAAAAGGGCAGGGGAUAACGUCUUAAGAAAAACAUUUUAUUACAUAAUAACACCUUCUAAAAGAUAAAAGGGGGUGGUGAUGAAAAGGGAUAGAGCAAAAUUUUUUCCCUACAUAACAUUUUAUUUGAGAAUAAGGGCCCCAGGUGAGGGAAAAGUCUUAACCUGUCAUAGAGCUUUUUACAUAUACACCCUUCAUAGAGAUAAGGGCCCAUUGAUGAACUGUUUUAUAAAAGGCUUUUUUUACAUACAUAAAACCUUCAUAAGAAAAAGGGGCCCAGGGGAUGAACUGUUAUAAGCCUUUAUUUUCAAUAUAAACCCCUUCAUAGAAUAAGGGCCUAGGUGAUGGAACCCGUUAAGAGCAUUUUUUUACAUACAUAAAAACCUUCAUAGGAUAAAAGGGGGCCCAGGUGAAAGAAAAGUUUUUUUAGAGCAUUUAAAUUUAAAAAUAACACCCUUCAAAAAAAAAAAUAAGGGCCUAGGUGAGAAAUGUUUUAAAAAACUUUUUUACCUACAUAAACCAUUUAUAAGAUAAGGGCCUGGUAAAAGUUUUUAACCGUCAUAAAAGCAUUUAUUUACAUAAAAACCCAGCAUAAGAAAGGGCCGGGGGAUGAACUGUUUAAGUUAGCUUUUUUUACAUACCGAACACCUUCAUAAAGAUAAAAGGGGCCAGGGGAUGAACUGUUUAAAUUAUAAACUUUUUUUUACAUCAUAACACCAAAUUUAUAGAGUAAAGGGCCCAGGUUUAUGAACUUUUUAAAACCCGUCUAAUGAGCCUUUUUUUACAUCAUAACACCUUCAAAAGAAUAAAGGGGGUAGGGUUUUAAAAACCCCUUAUAGAGCAUUUAUUACCAAAACCCCCUUCAUAGAGAAUUUAAGGGGCCCAGGGGAAAAACGGGAUAGGCCUUUUUUUCAUAAUAAAAACCAUUCAUAAAAAGAUAAGGGCCUAGGUGAUGAACUGUCUUAAAACCCGUCAUAGACUUUUUUUACAACAUAAAACCCCUUUAUAGAGAAAGGGCCUAGGUGAUUUAACUUUAUAAGCAUUUUUCAUACAUAACCCCCCUUCAUAGAGGGUAAGGGGCCCAGGUGAUGAACUGUCCCUUUAAAAAUUUUAUAAACGUUUAUUACAUAAUUUAAAACCCUUCCUAGAGAUAAGGGCCCCGGUGAUUAACUGGUUUCCUUAAAGCUUUUUUUACUACCCAACAAACCUUUUUAAGAAAAAGGGGCCAGGUGAUGAACUUUUUUAACCCCCUUUAACCUUUUUUAAAAAUUAACCACCUUCAUUUGAAUAAGGGCCCAGGUGUGAAUGUUAAAAGAGCAUUUUUAAAAUACAUAAAAACCCUUCUAAAUAAGGGGGCCCAGGGGAAUUCCUUCCUGUCAUAGAGCUUUUAUUACUUUCCUAACACCAUUCUAGAGAUAAAAGGGGCCUAGGGAUAAAUUUAUAGGGAUUUUUUUACAAAAACAUAACAACCCUUCCCAAGGGUAAGGGCCCCAGGGGAUGAACUGUCUUAACCCGUCAUAAGCAUUUUUUAAUAAUAACACCUUCAUAAGUAAGGGGCCCAGGGGUGAACUGUCCCUAGAGCAUUUAAAUUUAAAAACAACCCCCUUUUUAGAGAUAAAGGGGCCCAGGUGAUUUUUAACCCGUCAUAGGCAUUUUUUUAAAAUAUUAAAACCCCUUCAUAGAGAUAAGGGGGCCUUUUGGGGUGAACUUUUAUAGAGCAUUUAUUCCCUACAUAAAACCCUUCCCAAAUAAGGGCCUGGGGAUAAUUUUCCCGUAUAGAGCAUUUAUUCUUUCAUAACCCCCAUUAUGAGAUAAGGCCCAUGGGGGAACUGUUUAGGCAUUUUUCAUACAAAAACCCCCUUCAUGAGAUUUAAAGGGGCCCAGGGGAUGAAAUGUCCUUUAAACCCGUCAUAAAAGCAUUUUUUCAACAAAACACCAUUCAUUUGAGAUAAGGGCCUAGGUUUAGGGAAAUGUUUAAGACAUUUUUUAAUACAUAACACCUUCAUUAAAAUAAGGGCCUAGGGGGAUGAACUGUCUAACCUGUCCUAGAGCUUUUUUUACAUAAUAAAACCAUUCCUAGAGAUAAGGGGCCCUUUGGUGAUGAACUGUUAUAGAGCAAAUUUUUUACAUACCAACAAACCGUUUAUAAAAUUAAGGGGGCCCGGUGAUGAAGGGUUUUAUAGAGCAUUUUUUACAUAAAAUAACACCAUUCAUUAUAGAUAAGGGGCCCAGGGGAUGAAAAUGUUUAUAGAGCAUUUAUUACAUACAUAACCCCCAUUAUUUGAGAAAGGGGCCCAGGUUUUAAUGAACGGGCUAGAGCAUUUAAUUUUCAUACAAAAAAAACCAUUCAUAAGAUAGGGCCUUUUUCUUUAACGUUCUAAUUCCAUUUUUCCUCUUUAAAACCCCGGGCCCCCCAAAUAAAGGGGGGUUGAUUAUUGGGUCUUUAACCGUUGGGCCUUUAAUUCAUUUCUUUUAAAACCCAUUUGGUCCCUUUGGGGAUGCCCCUUUUUGGCCCUUUUCUUUCUCCCGUUUCCUUGAAAGGGGCCCCUAGGUGGUUCCCCGUAAACCCUUUUUCCUCUUAAAAUUCAUUGGGGGUUUGUAACCCAGGGUUUUGGGAACCUUGGGCCUUGAGCUAUUUCCUCUUUAAAACCCCUUUCCUUGGUAAGGGGCCAGGUUUGGGCCCCUUUAGCCCUUUUUUCUUUUCCCUUUCCCCAAUCCAGUUGGCCUUUACUUCAUUGGUUUUUCCCCUGUAAAAUCAGUUUGGGUUUCCCCGGGAAACCCAGUUGGGCCUCUGUACUCAGUUGGUCUCUUACUCAGUUUUGGGCCUCUGGAAAUCAGUUGGCCUCCUUUUUCUCAUUUGGUCCCCCGUAACUCAGUUUUUUCCCCUGUAGCUCAUUUGGGGCCUCUGAAAAUCCCGUUUUUUUCCCCCCCUUUCUCAGUUGGUCCCCCUGUCUCAGUUGGGGCCUCUUUAACUCAGUUGGUCCUCUGUAACUCAGUUGGGCCUUCUGUACUCGUUGGUCCUCUGUAACUCAGUUGGUCCUCUGUAACUCAGUUGGUCUUCUGUAACUCAGUUGGUCCUCUGUAACUCAGUUGGUCCUCUGUAACCCUUCCCGUUGGUCCUCUGGGCUCAUUUGGGCCUCUGUAACUAGUUGGUCCUCUGUAAAUCCGUUUUGGCCUUUUUUAACUCAGUUGGUCCCCUUUUAACUCAAUUUUUGGCCCCUUAACUCAUUUUUCCCUGUAACUCAUUUUUUUCCCCUUUAAAUCGUUUGGGCCCUGUCCAGUUGGUCCUUUUGUAACUCCGUUGGGGCCUCUGUAAAAACAUUUUGGGCCCCCCCUGUAACUCUUUGGUCCCCUGUAAAAAUCAGUUGGUCCUUUUUGUAACUCAUUGGUCCUUUUGUACCAGUUGGCCUCUGUAACCAAAUUUGGGCCCCCUGUAACUCCCUUUGGUCCUUUUGUAAAAUAUUGGUCCUCUUUUAAAAACAUUUUGGGCCUCUGUAAUCUUUGGGCCUUCCUUUUAAACCCAGUUGGGCCCCUGUAACUCAUUUGGGUUUCCCGUAAAUCAUUGGGCCCCUUAACUCAGUUUUUUGGGCCUUUUUUGUAAUCAGUUUUGGCCUCUGUAAAUCAGUUUGGGCUUCGUAACCAUUUUGGGCCCCCUGGAGCUUUAGUUGGUCUUUUGUUUAAAUCAGUUGGUCCCCCUGUACUCAUUUUGGGCCCCCUUUUAACUCGUUUGGCCUUUUUGUAAAUCAGUUGUCCUUUUGUAACUCCGGGUUUGGGCCUCUGUAACUCAUUUGUUUUCUGUAACUCAUUGGGCUUUUGUAACUCAAGGUUUUUUGGGCUUCUGUAACUCAGUUGGUCCCCCUGUAACUCAAAUUUUUUCCCCUGUAAAUCCUUGGGCCCUUAACUCAGUUGGUCCUCUGUACCCGUUUGGGCCCCCUGUAACUGCGUUUUCCUCUGUAAUCAUUGGCCCGGAAUGGGGUUUUUUUUUGGCCCCCUGAAAAAGUUGGCCUGUAAUCGUUUUUGGUCCUCUGAAAACCCGUUUUGGUUUUCCUUUAAAUAUUUUUCUGUUUUUAUUUUUUAAUUUUUUCUGUUUUUCCCCUUUAUUUCAGUUUUUUUUAAUAUUUCCUCCUUUAAAUAUUCUCUGUUUUAUAAUAUUAUUAUAUAAUAUGUUCUGUUUAUAUAUUAUAUUCAGUUUAAAUAUUAUUAUAUAUUAUAUUCAGUUUAAAUAUUAUUAUAUAUUAUGUUCUGUUUAUAUAUUAAUAUACGGUGGGGAGAACAAGUAUUUGCUACACUGCCAAGUUUGCCGGGUUUCCUCACUUACACACAAGCAUGUUAGAGGGUCUGUAAUUUUUAUCAUAGGUACACUUCACACGGUGAGGACGGAAUCUAAAAACCUUCUACAUGCCUUUGUAAGUAGGAAAACCUGCAAAAUCGGCAGUGUAUCAAAUACUUGUUCUCCCCACUGUAUAUUAUGUUGUGUCAGAGCAUGGCGUCAUGUUAAAGACGUUUCCUGUUGAAAAGUGAUAUCCCAGGUUUAAAUACAGUAAAGUACACACACUAAAGGGUCAAACAUAUGUUUUAGACAACUGCAAACUUGAAGGAGCAGGGCAUUCAAGGUAAUGGUCUGAUGGAAAUUGGAGACAUCGUCAGCCCCUCCCCCGUUGCUGGAGGAGCAAUAGAGAAUGCAAACUUUGGGGCGGCAGGUAGCUUAGUGGUUAAGAGCAUUGUGCCAGUAACCGAAAGGUCGCUGGUUCUAAUCCCCGAGCCGACUAGGUGAAAAAUCUGUUGAUGUGCCCUUAAUCAAGGCACUUAACCCUAAUUGCUCCUGUAAGUCGCUCUGGAUAAGAGCGUCUGCUAAAUGACGUAAAUGUAAAGGAGCAGGGCAUUCAAGGUGUUGGUCUGAUGGAAAUUGGAGACAUCGUCAGCCCCUCCCCCCUUGCUGGAGGAGCAAUAGAGAAUUAAAGAGGAAGCCCCUCCCCCCCUUGUGCCACGUCAUGAGGAUACCUGGACCACCUGUUGAGAUGUACCUUUUGUUAAGUAAAGCAGGUGUUAAAUGAGGUGAAAAGGAGAGUGGAGCGUCACUUUAAACGUUGUUACUACCAGUGACUGUCUGUCCAUUCUCUCUGCAGGGAAGAUCUGGCUGGAUAAUGUGCAGUGUAACGGAGGGGAGAAGAGCAUUGAGCUGUGUAAGUCUCGAGGCUGGGGCAACAGUGACUGCACACACGAUGAGGACGCUGGAGUCAUCUGCAAGGACGAGAGGCUUCCUGGUUUUGUCGACUCCAACAUCAUCGACGUAAGGCCCUAACAUUUUAUUGUCAUGCACAGUAGGCGGGGCUGGGGUCAAAUUCUAUUUAAAUUCCAGUCAAUUCAGGAAGUACAUUGACAUUCUAAUUCUAUUCAAUGCUUUUGAAUGAGGAACAUUUAGAAUUGGAAUUGCCUUAUCCAUGGGUCUCUGGUCAAAAGUAGUGCACUAUAUAGGGAUUAGGAUGCUAUUUGGGACACUGCCAGUGACUAGGCCUACUGAUUAAUAUAACACUGUGUUUUUGGGACCCUGCCAGUGACUAGGCCUACUGAUUAAUAUAACACUGUGUUUUUGGGACCCUGCCAGUGACUAGGCCUACUGAUUAAUAGAACACUGUGUUUUUGGGACCCUGCCAGUGACUAGGCCUACUGAUUAAUAUAACACUGUGUUUUUGGGACCUUGCCAGUGACUAGGCCUACUGAUUAAUAGAACACUGUGUUUUUGGGACCCUGCCAGUGACUAGGCCUACUGAUUAAUAGAACACUGUGUUUUUGGUGGAUUAAUAUGAGUCUAUAAGUAGACUGAUAUGGUAAACAUUUAACACCCAAGCACAGCGCCACAUGUAACUGGGAGAGACAUAAAGACGUCUAUGGUAAACAGAGACAUACAGUGGGGAAAAAAAGUAUUUAGUCAGCCACCAAUUGUGCAAGAUCUCCCACUUAAAAAGACGAGAGGGGCCUGUAAUUUUCAUCAUAGGUACACGUCAACUAUGGCAGACAAAAUCAGGAAAAAAAAUCCAGAAAAUCACAUUGUAGGAUUUUUAAUGAAUUUAUUUGCAAAUUAUGGUGGAAAAUAAGUAUUUGGUCAAUAACAAAAGUUUCUCAAUACUUUGUUAUAUACCCUUUGUUGGCAAUGACACAGGUCAAACGUUUUCUGUAAGUCUUCACAAGGUUUUCACACACUGUUGCUGGUAUUUUGGCCCAUUCCUCCAUGCAGAUCUCCUCUAGAGCAGUGAUGUUUUGGGGCUGUGGCUGGGCAACACUGACUUUCAACUCCCUCCAAAGAUUUUCUAUGGGGUUGAGAUCUGGAGACUGGCUAGGCCACUCCAGGACCUUGAAAUGCUUCUUACGAAGCCACUCCUUCGUUGCCCGGGCGGUGUGUUUGGGAUCAUUGUCAUGCUGAAAGACCCAGCCACAUUUCAUCUUCAAUGCCCUUGCUGAUGGAAGGAGGUUUUCACUCAAAAUCUCACGAUACAUGGCCCCAUUCAUUAUUUUCUUUACACGGAUCAGUCGUCCUGGUCCCUUUGCAGAAAAACAGCCCCAAAGCAUGAUGUUUCCACUCCCAUGCUUCACAGUAGGUAUGGUGUUCUUUGGAUGCAACUCAGCAUUCUUUGUCCUCCAAACACGACGAGUUGAGUUUUUACCAAAAAGUUCUAUUUUGGUUUCAUCUGACCAUAUGACAUUCUCCCAAUCCUCUUCUGGAUCAUCCAAAUUCACUCUAGCAAACUUCAGACGGGCCUGGACAUGUACUGGCUUAAGCAGGGGGACACGUCUAGCACUGCAGGAUUUGAGUCCCUGGUGGCGUAGUGUGUUACUGAUGGUAGGCUUUGUUACUUUGGUCCCAGCUCUCUGCAGGUCAUUCACUAGGUCUCCCGUGUGGUUCUGGGAUUUUUGCUCACUGUUCUUGUGAUCAUUUUGACCCCACGGGGUGAGAUCUUGCGUGGAGCCCCAGAUCGAGGGAGAUUAUCAGUGGUCUUGUAUGUCUUCCAUUUCCUAAUAAUUGCUCCCACAGUUGAUUUCUUCAAACCAAGCUGCUUACCUAUUGCAGAUUCAGUCUUCCCAGCCUGGUGCAGGUCUACAAUUUUGUUUCUGGUGUCCUUUGACAGCUCUUUGGUCUUGGCCAUAGUGGAGUUUGGAGUGUGACUGUUUGAGGUUGUGAACAGGUGUCUUUUAUACUGAUAACAAGUUCAAACAGUUGCCAUUAAUACAGGUAACGAGUUGAGGACAGAGGAGCCUCUUAAAGAAGAAGUUACAUAUCUGUGAGGGCCAGAAAUCUUGCUUGUUUGUAGGUGACCAAAUACUUAUUUUCCACCAUAAUUUGCAAAGAAAUUCAUAAAAAAUCCUACAAUGUAAUUUUCUGGAAUUUUUUUUCUCAAUUUGUCUGUCAUAGUUGACGUGUACCUAUGAUGAAUAUUACAGGCCUCUCUCAUCUUUUUAGGUGGGAGAACUUGCACAAUUGGUGGCUGACUAAAUACUUUUUUCCCCACUGUACUGACAGACAUACAGUGAGGGAAAAAAGUAUUUGAUCCGCUGUUGAUUUUGUACGUUUGCCCACUGACAAAGACAUGAUCAGUCUAUAAUUUUAAUGGUAGGUUUAUUUGAACAGUGAGAGACAGAAUAACAACAAAAUAAUCCAGAAAAACGCAUGCCAAAAAUGUUAUAAAUUGAUUUGCAUUUUAAUGAGGGAAAUAAGUAUUUGACCCCUCUGCAAAACAUGAUUUAGUACUUGGUGGCAAAACCCUUGUUAGACGUUUCUUGUAGUUGGCCACCAGGUUUGCACACAUCUCAGGAGGGAUUUUGUUCCACUCCUCUUUGCAGAUCUUCUCCAAGUCAUUAAGGUUUCGAGCCUGACGUUUGGCAACUCGAACCUUCAGCUCCCUCCACAGAUGUUCUAUGGGAUUAAGGUCUGGAGACUUUUUUCUGGAUUUUGUUGUUGUUAUUCUGUUUCUCACUGUUCAAAUAAACCUACCAUUAAAAUUAUAGACUGAUCAUUUCUUUGUCAGUGGGCAAACGUACAAAAUCAGCAGGGGAUCAAAUACUUUUUUCCCCUCACUGUAACACUAGCCUCGUUGGACCAUACUGAUCUCGAGAGAUCCCAUUCUGUUCCUCUAAUGAAACGAGUCAGGAUGGUGGAUCAGACUAACACAACUGUCUUAUUGCUCUGAGGUGUCACAGCAGGUCACAGGCCUCACCCCAGCACUCUGUAUGACCCCUGACCCCUCGUUACAGGUGCAGGUGGAUGAGAACAAGGUGGAGAAGGUGCGUCUGCGUCCGGUGGUGUUCACCAAGAAGAUGCCCGUCACCGAGGGCGUUGUGGAGAUUAAGUACAAGGACGGCUGGGCCCAGAUCUGUGAUGUGGGGUGGACCCCCAAAAAUACCCGGGUCAUCUGUGGUAUGCUGGGGUUCCCCCACGAGAGGAAGGUCAACAAGAACUUCUACAAGUAA